CAACCUUUCUGGGGUCAGAAUCAUGACUUCAGACCUGCACACAGACUUUAGGACACAUUUAAUGAAUGCUUCAUAUCACACUGUGAUGUGUUUGCACAGUAAAGCAGAUUAAAGACAUUUAGAGUUUUUAUAAAUGUCUUAACUUUAAAGACAACUGUGUUUUACUAUGUUGUCAUUACCUAAAUGUUUAUACAGCAGCCUCCGCUUAUAGAGGUGGAGGCUGCAGGUGGAGGUGGAGGCUUGUAAAUACAUUAAAAACACUUCCGUCUGCCUACAAGCUGCAUUAUAGUGCGCUAUAAAGCACUAUUACAUGUUCGCAUGCUGCUUGUAUUUGCUGGUGAGAGAUGUAAAGUGUUGCUGCCUGCAGCGACCACCAGGGGCCAGCAGAGGACUUCCUGUCCAGCACCUGCUGUCCUCUUACUGUCUGUCCUCUGCGCGCGUCUCCACCACAGUGUGUUUGUGUUGGACAGCAGAGGACAGAUGUUCUUUAAAUCACAACACGUUUGGACAAAAAAGAUUUUACAGCAGCUUUGUGUUGUAGGAGAAGCCUUUUUAAAACAUUUUAAAAUUGUUUUUCUGUGUUUAAUUAAUGUUGCUUUUAAAUGUAGCACUUUUUAAAAAACACUUAAUUAGUUUAAUUAGAAAUGUUUCCUUUUGCAUUUGAUUGUAAUUCCUGGUUAUAGUUUAUUUCUAAUGUCUGACGAUGAAUGGCUGAGCAGGACGGAUGACGUCACGUUUACUCGCAGGCGUCUGUGCCUCCAUUGAUAAAAACAUGGACGUCUCCUGAUCAGCCGUAUUGAUCGGAGAUGGAAACUGUUCAGUGGAACAGAAGUCUUUGUGUCUGAAUCCAGUCAGAGCUGCAGCAGCGAAACACCCACAAAUCUGAUCUGCUCAUGUCCUGUCCCACAGAGGACUGCUGACCACCACGGACAGACAGGACAUCAGUAAUGAAGGAUUUACGAGGUGAGCAGUCAAAGGAUGAAGGUAUUUCAGGAGCUCAUUGGCCUGGUUGGUCUCAGAGUUCCUCAUGACCAUACAGAGGAACCUCCGAACCCCCGUCCAAGCCCAUAUAUACCACCGCCGAUUUCACUUUUUAGUCUGUGACUCCCUCACCGUCCCUCCGUCAGUCUCUGCCGCCCUCCUCAUCGUCACUUUGUAGGUGAGAAACUCUUCUACUUAAACUUAAACAAUACUUCUCGAUGUGAAUGUUUCAGUCUUAAUUAUAUUUCCUGUUUAUUUUGAAGUUUACAGAUUUGAUGAUGUGACUGUUGUAGGAUUUAAGCGACAGUGAAAAACAGGAUUUUGAACACUUAUACGUGAUUAACGUAAUGAACAUCAGUGAUGUUCUUGUGUCGCUGAGGAGCUCAGUGUGCAGAACCUUCUGUUUUCCACGUUUUGGAUUAUCUCCUGCCUUUGUAAAGCAGUCGCUCUCUAAUCCUUCCAUCAGACACUGAAGCCUGGAUUUGUUUGACUGCAGGUGUGUCCAGUUACCUUCGAGUGAAAAUAGCCCAGAGUCUCAACUAAAAAGAAGCCAAGAUGUCUGAGGGAAAGAAGAUGACAUCGAGCCGUAGGCAUCAUCUCAAGAGCGUGAUUCUGCAGAUCGCCGUCAGCUGGCUGGAGCAGGAGGCCGCUGAGAUCGCAGCCGCCAAAGAAGCUUACAUGGCGGAGAAAUGUCCCGCCCCCGACCUGAGCGGAGACCAGGCGGCUCUGAUGGAAAUCUGCAAAAAGCUGCAUCAGGCCAUCGACAAGAUCGACGAGGACAGAUACGACUCCGAGGCCAAAGUGGAGAAGACGGACAAAGAGAUCGCCGAGCUGAAGCUGAAGGUGGUGGAGCUGGCCGGAGUGAAGAAACCCGCCCUGAAGAAAGUGCGUAUGUCCGCUGACACCAUGCUGCAGGCUCUGCUGGGAGGAAAGCACAAGGUGACCAUGGACCUGAGAGCCAACCUGAAGCAGGUCAAGAAGGAGGUGAAGGAGGAGGCCAGCGAGGGCGUCGGCGACUGGCGUAAGAACGUCGAGGACAAAGCUGACAGGAAGAAGAUGUUCGAGACUUCCUAAAGACUUUCACUUCCUCUUUUUCCACUGUUAC